CGAUUUUGCGCGAGCGAGUAGUAGUGGGUGUCUUUCAGCAUCGUCAUCCUCGUCAUCCGGAUCAGCACGAUGCAUGCGUACGGGAGGAAGACGGAGGAAGAGCGAGAAGGAAUAUUCUUGAAUUCGCCAAUUCGUGCUUCUCAGUCAAAAGGGUUCCUCGACGAGUGCUGCUGCGGUCGUUUCUUUUUAUUCAAGAACUCAACGUUGUUGAGAAGCAUCGAGCCGGAUUCGUUUAGAUAUUCUUACAAAGGAAUAGCUUCUAUACACAUCGGAAUAUUAUUAGUA